CACUGAACUUCCGCUUUCCUCUCUCUUCACAAGAAAUUUUUUAGAAUUAGAGACAAAACCAAGAAGAGGAAACCUUUGCAACCCUUCCUCUCAGAAGAAUGUAUUUUUUGGUGAUCCUGGCUUUUCUAGGACGAAUUACUGGUGAGACUUUCUUUCAUCAUUAUGAAAAUGGAAAUUUCACACUUACGUGCAAUGAAACAGUGGCUAAUGGGAAGAAGGAAACAGUUUGGUAUGAAACUGGAGAAUCUCUGCAAGAAUUCCAAGUAAUCAACUACUGCAGUAAUCAACAGCCCAAAGUAAUCAACGGACCAAACAAAUGCUCUGAUAAAACAAAGUGUACAAACCAAUUAUCAUAUUCUGCUUCCAAAGGUGGUGGGGUAUUUGCAUGUGAGCAAUUUACAAAUACUGGAACAUCACAGACUUGCCCACUCUUUACCAUUGUGGCUCACUGCAGACAUUAUACCUUUUUUAUCGUGGUGAUAAUAAACAUGACUGCAGAUAAGGAGACAUUUGAGACCAUUCCUGCAAAAUCACACGAUAAUCAUUUAGUACAAGAAGAAAGUAACAUCUCUCUCUCUUGUGAAUUUCAAAUGAAGCGCUCAGGACAACCAUUUAUUAUAUAUUGGAUCAAAUAUAAAGAAACAAGCAAAUGCCUGUCUUCUGUUGAGAGAGAGCCAUAUACUUUCUCGUAUAAUACACAUUGCUGUAUUGAUGAGAUGAUCGAAGGACGACUAUUGAACUAUACAAGCUUAGAUUCAAACAAGACACACGUAGUCCAUAAUAUGACCAUCUUGAAUGUUACUUACUCCGACAGUGGAACUUAUUUAUGUGUUGUAAAUGCCUGGUCAAGAGAUAAACAUGUGUGGAAGAUUGCAAAUAACCUUUCUAUAGAAGUGAGGAAGCAAGCCAUUCCAUCCUCUGCUUCCAUGCCAUUGUAUGCCACCACUGGAUUGAUCGUAGGGAUUAUUAUCAUCAGUGGGAUAGCAUGGUUGAUCUAUAACAAGAAAACCAAAUCAAAAGGAAAGCCAUCUGCACAACUUCCCAGAGCUCAGGAUGCUCUUGAAAUUCCAGGAGAUGAAUGUUCCCCGUACGCAGUGAGAAGCAGCGAAGACUUGCAAAGAAAUGAAGUGUUGUGUUCACUUGGAACAAGCCCAUAUGAGGACCCAAAUGCAGCCUAUUGUACAGUGGAUAACACUGCAGCAACUGGCAAGGGGCCAGGAGAUGAAAUACAGACAGUCUAUGAAGUGGUGCCACAAUAGCUGUUCCUAGGAGCUGGAGAAUGGACGUCGGUUUGAAAAUAACUAUGUACUUUUGGCUGAUUUUAGGGGAAAAAACUCAGCAUAGUAGCCUUGACUACCCAAUUUUGACUAUUCAAUGAGCUAUCUUAGAAAAUAUUAUGGGGCAGAUCCUCUACUGAUAUAAAUUCUCAUAGCUCCAUUAUGAAGCUAUGACCAUUUGCACCAGAGAAACAUAGGAAUUGUCACACUCAGACCAUUGGUUCAUUUAGUUCAGAAAAUUCUCCAGCAGUGGCCUUUAUCAGAUGUGUCAGAAGUAGAUUCAAGAAUCCCCAUAAGGGACAAUUAUGGCAUAACUCGCUCAUAGGGGAAGUUUCUUCUCAACACCUAUCGGCUAGAAAUUGACUAUCCCCUGAAGCGAGAGGGUUUUAUAGCCCUCAUACAUCUUAUCCUAUCUAAUGUAAAAUUAUCCUUACAGCAGUGUUUCCCAAACUUGGGACGCCGCUUGUGUAGAGAAAGUCCCUGGCGAGCCGGGCCGGUUUGUUUCCAGCAGCUCCCAUUGGCCUGGAGCAGCGAACCGCGGACAGU